ACAAAUCACACAAGCCUGAUAGUUAUUACUUGUACAAAAACUUAAAAUUCUGGAAAUAGAUUUAUUUACUUAAAUAAAGUAUUUCAUAUAAUAAAUCCUUAUUUCACAAAUCAUCGAGUGCUAAGUAUAUCACUUACAAAUAUGAACUCUAUCAUUGUUUAGAUCUUUUGAAAUAAGUAUUAUUCGAAUUCUAAUACUUUCUUACAAUAUUUAUUUAUAAAAAUGAUCAUGUUGCCGUCGGUCGCCUCUUCCCUUUGUAGAAAACUUGGGAUACAUUACUCUCAAUUUAAAACUUAUAAUUUGGUGAAUGUAAGAGCUUAUUACAUUUUACGUAGCGAGAGAAAUUUCGUAAGGUAUCCAAAUACGAAAUUAUAUAGAUGUCUACAUACAUCUUCAUAUUGCUAUGAUAAAAAUACGAAAAAUAGUGCCUCACUUGCUGUUGGUGACGAUAAAGAUAAAAAUUUACAAAAACAGAAGACUUUGGAUAACAUUAUUGUUAAAACAGAAACAGACGCCAAUAAUACAGUCACUAAAGUAACUAUAGAAAAAUCAAAACAGGAAUCAGAUACAAAACAGUCUGUUAUUCCUCCAAAAAAGAAAAGAUUGCUUAUUGAUUUUUCGGCAUCGUAUACAGAACGUAACUUUAUAACUCCGAUGAGAGCCAUGACAGAAUAUUUAUUAAAGCAAACUGAUUUAGAGACAUUGCCAAAAGUUUUAAGACGAUCGCCUUAUGAGUCUGAACCACCAAUAACUGUUCAUUAUAGGAAGGAUGUUGAAGCUAAAGCUAUUGAGGUAUGGGGUUCAAAAGAAUCAUUGGACAAAGAGCUUCUCAGAAGAGAAUUGGACCGACGGAGAUAUGAACAAGAUGUAUUCACUGUAAAAAGAAGACUUAGGAAUUACAGAAGAGAAAUGGGACAUAAACGUUUAAAACAUGGUGUCGAAGAGAUGGGAUUAAAAACUGUAUCUGGUAGAGUUGUAUUGACAGCUAUUGGAAUCAAUGGCUGUAACUUCCUGUUCAAACUUUGUGCCUGGCUGUAUACAGGAUCCCAUAGCCUUUUCUCUGAGUGCAUACACUCUUUAGCCGAUACCGUCAAUCAACUGAUUCUUGCUUAUGGAAUACACAAGUCAGUGCAAAUCGCUGAUCCUGAUCAUCCCUAUGGUUACACCAACAUGAGGUAUGUCUCUUCAUUGAUAUCCGGAGUUGGUAUAUUCUGUGUUGGAUGUGGUCUCUCAUUCUAUCACGGAGUCACUGGUAUACUCGACCCACAGCCCCUACAUGACUUCUAUUGGGCAUACUUCGUGCUCGGCGGAGCUGUUGUUUCCGAGGGUGCGACACUUAUGGUUGCCCUGAGUGCGAUUCGAAAAGGAGCUAAAGAAGCUCAUAUGAGUUUGUAUGAAUAUGUGAUGAGAAGUUCAGAUCCUUCUGUGAACGUGGUGCUGUUCGAGGAUACGGCGGCGGUGGCGGGGGUGGUGGUCGCCGGCACUUGUAUGGCCAUCGCACAGUACACGGGCAGCCCGCUGCCGGACGCCAUUGGCUGUCUACUGGUUGGCACACUGCUGGGUGGAGUCGCCUCUUUCAUUAUACUGAGCAACGUAGGAGCUCUGGUCGGCAGAUCAAUCCCACAGGAGCAGUUAGAUGAAAUCAACAGUGUCCUUGAAAGAGAUUUCAUGAUCAGAGCCAUUCAUGAUGUCAAGGGUAUAGAUAUAGGAAGUAAUCUUAUUAGAUAUAAGGCUGAAGUAGACUUUGAUGGCAGAGCUCUCACCAGAUCCUAUUUGGAAAAACACGAUUUAAAUGUAUUAUUAGAGGAUAUAAAGAAAAUUGAUACAAUAGAUCAUGUGGAGGCAUUCCUCCUGAAACAUGGAGAGAACAUAGUUGACAUGCUCGGAGGUGAAAUUGAUAGGAUAGAAUUAAAAUUACGGAAAAAGUUUCCACAAAUACGACACUGCGAUCUCGAAAUUCUUUAAACGUCAGAUUUUUGUUUGCAUCUAUAUAAACUUAGGCAUAGACAGUAUAGUUUGUUAAUAAAACUGUUAUUGUUACCAGUUCAAUGAUCAUAUACAGCUAUGUGAUUUAAAACAACUUAAAGGGUAAAUUUUGUUUUCAAAUAUUAUCAAUCUCAUAAUCAGAUAAAUAUGGAUUAAUUGAAAUUAAUUUAUAAGUUAAAAAAAAAUUCUAAUAUUUCCUCAAGUAAAUUUUACGAAUUCUUUUUUUUUGCCAUGUAACCACAUAGCUUCUUGUCCAAAACAAACAUUAUUUAGUUUAAAGACUAUAAAACCUAAUAUUGAAAGGGCAUAAUAUAGUCCAUAUUUAUGUAUUGGUAAAUAUAAAAUAUUAAGAUUAACCCACUCACAUUGUUAGACAAUAACUAUAAAACCUUAUUAUUACUGUUAAACAAAAUUUUAGACAUGGGCUUUAAGAUGUAAACAUUUCUCGAACGACUUACAUUUGCAUUGUUAUUCUCUGUGAUUUAUUUGUAUAUAGCUUUACAGAGUUAAGUGUAAUUAAGCCAUAAAUCUUGUUUAUCCAUUAGACAUUUAAAUAAAAAAUAACACUAUAUAUGUUUUAUUUAUGAUAUGUGAAAUAAAUAGACAGUUUAUAAAAUCAUAAGUUUAAUUGAUACAAAAUAUAACAUUCAAGAUUGUGUCAAUACUACAAUGAAGGCAGAUGGCGUUAGUGUACUAUAAAAAAAUGUAAGAGCAUUCAUUUUAUUACGAAUAUUGGUAAUUCCAUAGUUUUAAAUAUACUUACACAUAAAUUAGUAAAAUAGAACAUUGAAAUCAGCUUUCGAUACACAACCAAACCAGUCUUAACACAUUCGAAUAAAUGCUGCAAGUGAACUGACUUAGGAAAUGUCUUAGCGGGCACAUUUUAUUUGACUCUAAAUAAAUUAUUGACAAACAAGAGAUAAUGCUUCAACAUAUUAGUGACAACACUAGCGUUUCGACAUAAAAAAAAAAAAAGAAAACUGGAAAUGCUAUCACAGUUAUUAUAUUUUGAGCAUAACCUAGCCCAUACACCAAUUCCACAACUCCUAAAUGCAAAGGUAUGAUCAAUUAAUCAUAUAGAUGGUUUUGUUUGUGGCAAACAUAGAUUAUAGUGAGCAGUUUUGUUCCAAAAGUCUGAAUUCUUCCAACCGCACCAGCCUUUGCUUAUAACAGUGUUGAUAUCGUCAACACCUGUAUAGUGUGGGUCCAGGAUAAGGUAUCUCGUUUCAUUUGUUAUAUUGUUGUAUUCCACCCCGAUAAUUGUAUGUGCUAAUACUCCUCCGCCUGUAAUUGUUUACUAUGUUACUAUAUAAUAUGUGUUGUUUGUUUCUAGAUAACUAGGUUAUAACCAAUUUAAAUGAUAUCCCUUUUUCAUUUAUUCUUAUUUAUUUUAGUAUAUCAUCUGCUCCAAAUAGAAAAGAGCGAGUUUAAGUAAAGAAAAAUAACUGGAAGACAAGGAAAAGGUUGCAAAACAAGUUAGAGGACAGACAGACACCUAUAUAAAACACGCCUACCGCCCGCGUUCCCCUCGGUGUCCAAGGUUGAGACUUCAUUACAUUGCUAGUGUUUUUUUUUUAAUUUAUAUAUAUACAUAAAAUUAUCUCACCUAUCAUUAUAGGGCUUCCAUGUUUCUCAAAAUGAUGAACAAGCUCUGGGGUGUAAUUGAGCAGUUCUGAUCCAGUGUUAGCAAAAAUAAUCCUUGAUUGCACACCUAAAAGGGUCUCCAAACAAAACAUCACUUCUGUAGAACCUAUCCAUUG